UUACCGAAAAACCAACUUCAAACCAGGAAAGUUCAGAUUGGCAGAGUAAAAACAAGAAGCGGCACGACACUAAACUUUAAUGUCGAGGACGAUUCAAAUCGAUUCGCUUACAUCAAAGGCCCAUCAUGCUGUGGAUUUGGCUGUUGUACUAAGUGUUUCAGAAACAAAAAGGAUAGGUCGCAGAUAGGUAUGAUAACGAAGCAGUUCGGUGGUGUAAUAAAGGAAGCUGUGAGUGACGCUGAUACAUUCAGAGUUACAUUUCCACCAACAUUGCCUGUGACCUCGAAAAUGAUCCUCAUUGCCGCUGUUUUUUUGAUUGAUUUCAUUGCCUUUGAAGACAACUAA